AUGAACAAGGAAUUAAUGCAGCUGGAAAAGCAAUUGGAAGCAACAAAGAAACGCGCAGAAGUGCUGGCCAGAGCGAUGAAGGAGGAUCAACAAAAACAGUGGUGGAAGAGGCCCAUCGAAGACCUAGAUGUGAAUCAACUUAUGAUAUAUGCAAUCGCCUUGGAGGGGCUCAUGAAGAAAGUUAAAAAGAAAAUGCCUCCGGUUUCUAUUGAAGGAGGCAGUGCUCCUUUUACGGAUCUUAUUGGAGUUAAUGACAUUUAUGGUCAUAUUUCUCUUAAUGCUGACAAUUUCAUUAAUCAAAUUCAUGGGAGGGCUGAAGGUGGGCAGGUUAUCAAUCAUCGUCGCCCAUCUGUUGCUGGCGGCGAUGAUGUGCAAAAGGAUAUUGAUCUGAAUCGUUCAGUCUCGCCAUCAGGAUCUGGUAGUUCAAAAAAUGAUGAUAAUAAGAAAUCUGUCCGUGUUCAUCAAUUUAUUUAG